AUGGGCGCGCGGGUCUUCUCGCCGCGCCUCGGGCGGUGCGCGCCCGCGCGGGCCGGAGAGCCGCGAGGGGGCCCAGCGCCCGCGGGCGGCGCGAGCGGGGGCGCCAGGCGCAACGUCAGGCUGCAGUGCGCCCGCGUCGAUGGGCCGGAGGCGGAUGGGGUGCACAAGGAUCGAGCGACAGCGGCGACCAGCGCCCCGGGUCCAGCUCAACCUGUGGCCAGUCCAGUGAAGACUGGGCCGGUGAAGACGUACAGCCUCAGGAGUGGGGCCCUUGCCUGCGGUGUGAAAACAGCGACCACGAAAUUCGACCUCCCACCGCCGCAGCUGGCAGCCAGAAACCUGGUGGAAGCAGCUGAAUCGGCACAGCUGUGCACCAUCAUGUCAAACAUGCACCACAGGAGGGCAGGAUGUCCCUUUGGUACUCAGGUCACCUUUGCAACCGAUGGUGCUGGCUAUCCAGUGAUCCGGCUCUCCCCCCUUGCAAUUCCCACGCGCAACAUCCUGGAGAACCCCAUCUGCUCUUUGGUUGUCCACAUGCCAGGCUGGACAGGUCUGUCCAAUGCCAGAGUUACCCUCUUUGGGGAUGUGUACCCACUGCCUCCAAGCAUGCACCCAGCAGCACGCGAGCUCUUCCAGACAUCGAGCAGUGGCCAGGACAAGUAUGUGACGGGCAACACCCUGUACUUUAGGAUGCACCGCAUCAAGGACAUUUUCUUUGUGGGUGGCUUUGGGACAGUGCAGUGGAUCGACGUGGCCGAUUAUGUGUCGUGCAAGCCAGACGACAUCGUGAUGAAUAGCAAUCAAGACAUGCUGCAUGUUCUGAAUGAGAGCUGCAAAGAAGAAUUACAAAUAAUGUUCUCUUCUGAUGACACUCUGGUAGAAGAUGCAACCGUCAUCGCAGUCGAUGCCAUUGGGGCAGAUGUGCGCAUCAGAUCUGGUCCCAAUUUUGGGGUGUUGAGGAUGGGGUUCGAUGUGAAAGUACGUAGUAUAAGCGAGGCCAUCCAGGCUGUGAAGAGGGCGGCGCUUGAAACAACACAGUAA